AUGCCUGACCUGCAAGACUCAAUAUUGAUCGUUGGCGCUGGGACCUUUGGCUUGUCAGCAGCCUAUCACCUCUCCCGGGCCGGAUAUAAGUCCAUCACGAUUCUCGAAAAGGGCACAUCGGUUCCCUCGUCUCUCUCGGCAGGUAACGACGUCAACAAAAUUGUCCGCGCCGAGUAUGAAGAUCCCUUCUACACAGAGCUGGCCUUGCAGGCCAUAUCGGAAUGGACCGAUAAUAAGCUAUUCGCGCCGCACUACCACCAGACGGGGUACCUCCUAGCCAAUUCUGCAGCGGCGCCAGAAAAGACAAAAAAGACUCUGGCCAAAUCCCUCGAAAGUAUCCGGGUGCAUCCAGCUUGGGCCGGUAGGAUCGACCCCAUCAAGACCAGGGAAGAUAUCACCAAAGCUGCGCCGGCCCUGGAUGGGCCUAUGGAAGGGUGGGAAGGAUAUUUCAACCAGUUCGCGGGUUAUGCGCAUGCUGCGAAUGCACUCAAGGCGGUCUCCGAAUACGUCAAAGCUCAGGGUGUUGAGAUCCAUACUGGAGAGGAGGUUGCGAGCCUCACGUACGAAGGGGACAAGUGCAUAGGCGCCCGCACAACUUCUGGAAAAGACUUCACGGCCGCAACAACCAUUUUGACGGUCGGGGCUUCGCUCGGGAACGUGCUCCCGUCGGUCGAUCGUCAAGUCACGGCAAAGGCAUGGAGUGUCCUGCAUAUUCAACUCCAGUCGGAGGAAGCGGCGCGCUUGAAAGGAAUACCAGUCACAUACGCUCGGGACCUGGGUUUCUUCUUUGAGCCAGAACCAGGCACGGGGAUCCUCAAGCUGUCUCCAAGUGGUGGAGGAUAUACCAACUACUCGACGACGACAGGCCUGUCCACGCCUCCAGAGGAGAACAACUUCGUGCCCGAAGCUGAUGUGCGUCGGAUUCGGAAGCUUCUCCAGGAAACUCUCCCGAGCUUGGCCGAUAGACCGUUUAUCGAUCAGCACAUCUGCUGGUGUGCCGAUACGGCGGACUCGGAUUAUGUUAUUGAUGCUGUGCCGGGCAAGAAGGGCUUGUAUCUGGCUACAGGCGACUCGGGUCACGGCUUUAAGAUGCUUCCAGUGGUUGGACAAUGGAUCAAGGACUUGGUAGAGAAAGGAGAGCAGAGUAUCGUUCGGUGGAAGUGGAAGGAAGGUAGUGAUGCUGGUCAGAAUGUGAGCUGGCGAGCAGGUGAGGUAGUUGAUCUGAAAGAUAUCAAGUAG